AUGCCGUUUCGCUUUCGCCUUCGCGACCCACCUAGCGAUGUCGCCUUCGUCUCCCUCGUCGACGGCGAGGCUCUGUACAACGCCGACGGUGCUAGCACGAGGGAUGUGAAGGAGGCGACAAUUCGCCAGAUGGGCUGGCACCGCGUUGAGCUGCCGCAGGAUUGGUUUCUCUCACGCCACGCACUCGACACCGCCAGACAGCUCGUCGAGGCGAUGCAAUGCACCAUACAGUACCUGAGGUAUUGUUGCAAAAACGAAGAGAGGCGCGCGCAAAAGGCGACGGCGCAGCUUCGGCGGUGCGAGGAGGGGCGUGCAUCAGCCUUCGAGGAGCUCGUAGAGCUGCGUGAGUGUGUGGCAGGGUAUAAGCAGCAGCUGCGUGAGCUCCGACAGGAGCGGCAGCGUGCGAGGUCAUCUCCAUCGCGCGCGCCUCUUGCCAGAGAGGGACAGGCGAGCCAUUCACGGGGGGCUGUGGACACGGUGUGCCAGCUAGCCUGCAGUUUCUGCGGAAAUGUGUACCCAAGUCGGCACGCACUCGAAUCGCACAUCCGGAAGCGGCACAAGAGGUUAGAAGGGUGUGCUGUCAUGGCAGCUGGCUCCGCUGCUGUCUCUCUGAAGCAGCCCAAGCAUCUGAAGCAGUUCGAAGCCGCACCCCAAGCUCCCCCUUCUGCGCCGCAGACGUCGUCUGGUGGUUUUUUUGUGGAUCAUGUGCCCACAGUGGUGCAGGAGACUGCUGACAGAUGUGGUGAUCACGGCUUGCGAAAGGAGAUCAGCGAACUGCGGCUGGCGGUGGCAAAACUCAUGGAGCAGCAAGCCGCGCUGCAGCGUGGCAUGUCACCGUCCUACGUGGCCGCGGCACCGCAGCAGACAGCGGGGGAGGCAGUCACGGCAGGAGGGCCAGUGCCAAGCCUCGGCCCCCUUUCUGGCACGCAACAGUGUGGAAGUCGAUCGGACGAAGAGGACACCCUGCUUCGUAUUCACCGAGAGCUGCUGCGCACCGGCGCAGAACUUCAGCAGUUGCAGAGCGCCGUCGGCAGGGAGAGUGAGCAGCAUGGACGGAGUGCUGUUGACGAUCGCGGCUCCUGCAACUUGAGAACCGACCUGCCGCAAAAGCAGGUGCAACAGCAGCAUCGUGAUCCCUUGGCGGCACCACGAGGCACGCGGGCUGCCCUCACGCUGAAUCCGCAGAACGUUCUGCACUGCCCUUCACGCACCGAAGGAAGUGACGGCGGAGAGGCAGCACGGCGACGAGGAAGCGUAGGUGAAAGCCUCGUCGUUGUGUCCCCCAUCACGCCCCCGGCAGCGGCAAGGGCAUGGACGCAGCAUGCACUCGCGAAUCGCGAGGACACAACUGCCGCACUCAAGCAGAAAGACGUCGAAGAGUUGCCGCUCAUGGCGUCGGAAAGUCCGUGCGGCAGCCUCAGCGGUCCGAGCGCCUCUCUCGAAACUAAGCCAACAGCCGGUGCCGUGGGCAAGAUAUCGCCCUCCCCGUCGUCAGCACUGGGCCUUCCCUUUGGUGGCAGCAGCGUUGUCGAGGCCGCUGGUGCAGCGCACAGCCACGACAUUCUCACGCCACAGUCGGCUCCCUACGACCCUCCCAGGGACUUCAGCGGCAUCACCGGCGAUCGCAGUCCCAACGGCCUCGGUGCAACAACCCGUGGGGGCGACGGCGAGCAGACGGCCUCGCGGGAGCCGGGGACCACGCAACUGGUGCUACCGAAUUCUGCCUCCCAGAGCUACUUACCCUGGAUGAGGCCCGAGUUGGCGACGGCGCACUUUGGGAGAGCAGAUCCUGCGUCGGCGAAUCGCUACGGCUCUGCACCGAUUGACGAGGCGACGUCAUGGACGAGUGGAUGUCAUCUUCUAGCUGCGGAGGAGAAGGUGCCGGCGCAGCGCAACCUGAUUCCAACUUUCACCAGAGGAGACGCGACGCCAACGCUUGCCCUCGCAGCAGCCGAGGUGAUGACUAGCUCGAAGAGUGAACUUAUCCCCGCCACGUCAGCCGGUGCACCGCAUUAUCGUGGCUUCUUGGAGAGUAGCGAGGCUGCAUUCGCGGAGGAGGCGUGCCGGCGGUCGAACGGCGCCACGCAGGGUGAGCAGGUUGGGGUAGGCGCGGUGCACAUGGUGUCGAACCCGCACCAAGUGGCACGGGAUGAGGAGCGGGGUCGUACCCAGUUACCCUUUUGUGAGCAGCCGCUGCCGGGGACCCGCAUCGCGCCAAUGCCGGUGCUGAACGUUCCUGGCAGUGCACCUUUCCCUGGCAGUGCAGCGGCGGGCGCUAAGUGGCCGCAGUGCUCGACCUCUCCCUUAACCGACCGCUCGACGCAGGGCUCACAUGAAGCGGCGCCCGGCGCCGAAGUGUGGAAGGGCAUCAGCGGUGGCGAUGUGAGGGAGAGUCUUACGAGCCGACCGCACGUCCCCGGCGUGCGAGCCCAGCAUUCGUUGGCGGCUACCGGGCAGGCCGAGCACGGUUCUACAUCGAAAAUGAUCCCGGUUGUGCACCUCGUGCCGGCGGCGGCGUCUGAGUCGUGUGACUCAUCGCUGCAGGAUCCGCAAAAGCGAAAAGAGGAACCCGUGCAGGGUGAAAGGCCGUCCUCCUCUGCGGUCUUGCUACAGGCGACGCGAGGACUGGAUGAGAGCCGUCAGUACAGCGCGGUUCCCCAGCCACAGCUGCGUCGCAGUGGCGACGAGGACAGUAGCGAAAGCAAGGCUAGCGCUGAGGAUGCCAACUCUUACUCGGUCGAGAUGCCGCCAUUCGACUCCUCGGAGCAGGGUGACGCCGACGAUGUGCCCUUUAGCGUUCCCCUGGACGCCACAGUGGGGGAUGGAAGGAAUGUGAACGAGGAUGGCUUUGGUCAUCUCGUCAUGGAGGAUGUGUCGAGCGAUAAGCUCGUUGAUCCCACCCCUUCCGCGGCAGGUGAUGCACGCUCGACGCGGCUACCCGUUUUCGGCGCCAGAGAUGAUGACGUCGAAGAGUAUGCCUCCCGCUUCAUGAGUUACAACCUCGCGAGGCCGACUGACGGUGGCGAACGCACGCCCAGUGAGGCAGACCGGCCCGCUGCUGAGUCGAUACCUGCCGAUUGCUCCUACUACACAUAUUCGUAUUCGUACUCGGACGACGAGGAGGAGGAGGAGGCGGUGGGGACUGCUCAAGAAGGUAUCCCUGUGGAGUUGCGCGUAGACGACGGCGAUCAAGAAACGCACCGAGCAUUCGCCAUCCACGACAGCGCUGCCGCGGGUUUUCCAGAGUCCACUUUUCACGCGGACUUGACCCCUGUGGCGCACGCUGCGGGGGCGCGGACAUCUGGGGAAGUGGCUGCGCAGCGCGAGGACGUCGCUAAGGCAGGCGCAGAAAAGUUCAAGAAGUCACACCAGGGCGGUAAAAGCGAUGCGAGGCUGUCGGCCGCCCGGCAAGGUGCGCCGAGCCCGAAACACCACCCAGCUGCAGGAGGGGGCCACGGUGGGAAACCGGCCAGCGAUGAGCUUGCCAUCGUGCCGCGGCGCCACUCUUCGCAGCUGUCGGACCCGGCACCGCAACAGGUGGUAAAAAAGAGGAAGAGCUUCUUGGCAACGUUGUUUUCCAAGAAGCGCAAGUGA